AUGGCCACAACGGAAAAGAAGAAGAGGGUCACAACUGGCAAAGUUUCAAGAGCUUGCACCAAUUGUCGAAAAAGAAAAAUUAAAUGUACUGGAUCACAGCCAUGCACUAAUUGUCAGGCGUAUCAAUGUGUAUGUGAAUAUACAAGUAGGAAGACAAGAAGUCUUCUUGGUGAUGUGGCUGCCAGUGGCAAUAAUAACUUUAUUAGGAAAAAGGGGAAUAUUUCUAUAAACAAAAAUUUAAGUUCAGGCAAGUUAAAUACUAUUUCCAUUACUAAUACCGGGGUUAUACUUCCUUCAGAGGAGAAUACUAGCAAUGACACCAGCGCCUUAGAACGAACUGAUACUGGUGUUAGUUCAACAUCAAUGAUGGAGAGUGACACUCUACCGCCUUUUGCUGUCGGCACAACAACAACUCAUAGUGAGUCAACCACUAAUCAAAAUACUCCUGAAGAUAAGAGUUUAAGCAACGAAAAAGAGUGCUUUAUUGCCAAUAAAGAUAACUCUAAUUUGAUCGAACAAGUCCAACUUUUAAUAAAUAGUGUCAAGUAUGAUGAUGUAAUGGGAAGAGAUUUAGAAAUACCAACAAUGCUACAAAACUUGAAAAACAGGUUGCAAUUAUUGAAAUUGCUACCGAACAAUAUCACAUGGGACGCAAAGAAAUUAAAACAAAUUUCACCGCACAACGAUAUCUCGGUUGAAACUGAAUUGUUGAGGUCAAGUACUAAUGACAAGAUAAAGAUAUCUAGCUUUGAGUUUAUUUACCCUGGAGCCUCGGGCAAUCUUGAUAAAAAAAACAACAUUUCCAGCAAUUCCACCCAAAAAUCCAACAAGCAGAAGAAUCAGUUUUUAGAACCUUCGCCUCCAAUAUUUGGGGUGUAUAAUAGUAUUAAAUUAUUCUCUCGUGCAGGGAUCGAAUUUUUGUUUGAAAAACUUUCUCAUAACUCCAAAACUGAUGACGACAUGAAGGUUAUAAUUAGUGAAAGACAGCUAAAGGAGUCUUUAUAUAUUGUGAUAAAGUUUCUUGAAUAUUUCUUUAUGAACACUAGUAUUUCCUUUGAGAUGUGGUCCACACCAAUAGAUUUUUAUUUUUCGAGGAUAUCCGACACUCCAGUUUUAUACAAUCGGGUUAUUGGCAUACAUACUUUAUUCAACAAGAUCCCCAAAGGGUUAUUAUGUAAAAGUUUUGAUUCUAACCAGGAAUUUUUUAAACUGUAUUGUAAUCUUACUGAGUCUAUAAUUGACCCUAACAAAUGGACAAAUUUUUUUGAAUGGAUUAUAGAAUUGAUAGAUCUUCACCGCAAGGAGUACUUUAUGGAAUUUUUACCCUUUUUGCAGGAUGAUAACAUUCCAACUACUUUUUCUGUGGCCGUUCCUAAAUAUUUACAGGUUGAAGAAAUUUUAAGUAUUUUAGCUAUUGAGUUUUUUCAACGGUCGGCUCAAAUUAUUACAGACAACUUAGUUUUUUUGGAAUCACUUUUGAAGUUUAUUGGUGGAAGAACAUGGAUUGAAAACAUUAUUUCCAUCAAAAAUUUAGUAAGCUUUGUAGUCCGGUAUGCAAUAAACAUGGGUCUUUAUAGAUGGGAAUAUUAUAUUGGGAUGGAUGAGGAAAUUGCCGAACGGAAAAGGAUUUGCUGGUGGCAAUGUUGUUUUUGGGAUCUAUGGAUAUCAAUAACACAAUCUUUACCCUCAGCCAUAGAUUAUAAUACGGUUACAUGUCUUUAUCCCAAGAAUAUGAUUGAUUUAGGCAUUGUAGAUUCUACCUCUUUAUAUUCAUUUUUGUUGAGAGAGGGUCACAAAUUGAAACUUUUAAACCCAAAAGAUUUAGAAAAAUGUUCUUUGAUUAUUUAUAUUCAAAUAAUGGCUGAUUUUAGUGGUAACGUUUUAUUUAAUAAGAAAUAUAGCCAGUUGGGUAACUUACUUAGCUCCACCCAUACUAAAGUUUUACAUGACUUAUUAAAGGACGUUGAUUAUUAUCAUAGAUACCUACAAAUUUUAUAUUUCUGUGUUGACAUGGUUCAGAAAGCGAGGGAAAAGGAGGAGAAUUCCACAGAGGAAAAGGAAAAAAAAUCUUCCCCCAAAUUACCUGACUCCUAUGAAAGUUCUGUUUUCUUUGUGGAGUCUAUUAAAAUGAAGCAAGUUUUCAAUUUGAUCAGAGCAUAUUUUUUUUUCUCAUCUAAUGAGUUGAUCAACAAAUUGGCUCCAGAUCCAACUGAUGAUAUUAAAGAGAAAAUUGCCAAGUAUAAUAAGGAGUAUUUAAAAUCUUCAUACGAGGUUAUAAAAGUUAGUAUGAAUUCUGACACGUUUAUUACACUAAGUAAACUGAUAGGAUUGAACCUAAAGGCUAUGGUGAACAUUCUUUGUUUCCAUCUAACGGAAACAUAUUUCUUUAAUAAGGAUGAUUUAUUAUUAUUUUUUCAAGUUUAUAAAACUUAUACAGCCUCUAAUACUAUCAAAGAGUUUGAUAAUAUACAAAACGCUGAUUCCAAGUGGAAAAAUAGAGCAAGCGUAACAAUAAAUUUGUUUAAAUUUUUUGUUCAAAUUUUAUUGAGAUUGAUUUGUCAAUGCUAUCAGGAACAAGAAAAAAUGAGUACUGAAGAAUUUGUGGAUUUUAUAGGAGAAAUAUCUGAUUAUCGAGAAAUAUGCUCUAAUGUGUUAAAUAUUAAAUCCCCGUUGUAUGUAAAAUUAAUUAACUUCAAAGAUUCUCAAAAGGGGAAAAAAUUGGAUGAUUUUAAUAUAAAAAUGGAAAAUAUUUAUAAAAAUGUAAUGAAUAAAAACCAAAAUAUAUUUGGUAAUAGUGCUGGGAAACCUUUGCAUUUUGGGGAGCCAAAUAUCGGAACAAGUAAAAUCCAACCAGUAAAGCCGCUCAUAUAUCAACAAACACCAACUACAACGACAAUAGGCCCUCAACCAUCUAUCCAAGGACCACCAUUUAUUACCCCUUCUUCAAUGAGAGAUAACAAUGCACAGCUAAACUAUCCAUUACCUAUUACAUCCACCCAAUCUGUGCAGUCUCAUAAUUUAAAUAAUACUAUUGUAAAUUCUGAGGGAUCUUUUACUUCUUACAACAUGCCUGGGGCAGGCAACACCAUGACAAAUACCAACCCUAAUGUUGAUGGUAACGGUAUUAAUCAGGACUAUAAUUCUAUGAAAAAUAUGUUUGCUUCUACGUAUAAUGGAUCUUUGUUUCAGCCAGACUCGCUGACAAAAAAUGUGGUAGAGCAGCCAAAGGGUAAUAAAAAAAUAGUACUAAAUGAUAUUCUAAAUUCGAGUGCUCAGUUAACACAACAAGAAAAUCAAAAAAUGAGUUUUGAUAAAAUGGGGCAGUUUGAUACCAAUUUUAACAGCGGACCUUUCAAAAAUAUACCUAAUAACGGUUCUUAUGCCGAACAGACUGAAAAACAUAAUCAGCAGACUGCUAUACUUGAGACGCAAAGUUCAAAUGAUAAUGAAUCACAAGUGGCUUCUCAAGAUCAAACACUUCAGCAAGAUACAAAUGGUGCUAAACAAUCAAAUUUCGUGCCCAUAGAGACUCAUUCGAAAUCACCGGACAUGAAUUCAUUGGAUGAUUUUUUAAAUUCCACAAAUGCCGAGACGUUGUUAAAUAAUAUCAUUGAUGAUUUGGGUUCUGAUUUUACUUUAGCAAACCCAAGCUUUUAA